AGCAACUCUCUUUCUCCAUCUCAGAACAAUACUUUUGAAUCGCACAUUUUCAAUAACUGAUUCUUACUACUUGAGAUUGAACACUAAAAUGAUACCAGCUACCAGAAUUUUUAACAGCCAGCAACAAAGCAUCUUCAAUGCUCAUCAUCCCAUUCCCAUCUCAAGCCAAAGAUUACGUGGCGUGGCUGAAAUCCCACAACAGCAAGUUUGUCUUGUGCACUUGGAUACUUCAGCUUAUGCCAAACUACUCAGAAUCAGUAACAGUGAAGUAAAGAUUUAUGCUGGCAGGAGGAGAAGGUCAAAUUACAUGGACACAGAUACUUAUGUCUACUUGGAACCAGGGAAAAGUGAGGAGUUUGUCUCAGAGGAAGAAUUGAAGAUGAAGCUUAAAGUUUGGCUAGAAAACUGGCCAAACAAGGUGUUACCACCUGACCUUGCUCGAUUUGAAACACUCGACGAUGCAGUCUCUUUUCUAGUGAAAUCUGUAUGUGAGCUUGAAAUUGAUGGAGAUGUUGGUUCAAUUCAAUGGUACGAGGUCCGUCUUGAGUAAAUAAUAUGUUGGGAAAUUUUAUGAACAAUGUUAUCUGCUUUAGAUUUUUUUUGGUUCAUUGAUUUUGACAGUUGUGAGUGUUUUUAGCAACUGAGUUUUACUGCAAUUUCAACACUAGCAUCGAACAGAAAAUUUUCAUGAAAUUGCAUAGAAACAAAAGUGAUACAAUGUAAUGCUUGUACAAAUGUGGAACUUAAAAAGCAGAGUAUGCCUUAAGAGAGUACGUUUCAUACA